CUCAGAGAGCCCUCUACAGAGACGUCAUGCAGGAGAACUACGAGAAUGUGACCUCGCUGGGGUUUCCCAUUUCCAAACCUGACGUGAUCUCCCAGCUGGAACGAGGGAGGAGCCAUGGGUCCUGGAUCUCCAGGGAUCUGAGGAAGGAGGGAUCCUGAGAAGUGUCUGUGCAGGUGACGGGAUGGUGAGUGAGAACGAGGAACAGAAUCCUCAGCAGGAAGAUGCUGAGCAAGUGGAAUCACAUGGGGGAUUAUCGCAAGGAUCCCAGGGCAAUGUGUCCAGGCGUCGUGUGCAGGGAAAAGCCUGUGAGAGUCAGGACAGGCCAGAGAGAGAGCCGGGAAACCAGCCCAGGGAGAAAGUGGGCAAAUCUAUUAAUUGUCAGCGAAUUCACGAGGACAUCAAGGAAAUCCCAGCCCAGCAGAGAACCCUCACAGGAGAGAGAAAAAACACAUGUACUGAGUGUGGGAAAACCUUCACUCUGAACUCCACCCUUAUUAAACAUCGGAGGAUCCACACGGGAGAGCACCCCUACCAGUGCUGUGAGUGCGGGAAACAGUUCAGUGAGAAAUCAAACCUUAUUACACAUCAGACAAGCCACACAAGAGAGAGACCCUAUGAGUGCCGUGAGUGCGGGAAAAGCUUCACUCGGAGCUCAACCCUUAUCAGACAUCAGAGGAGCCACACAGAAGACAGACCCUAUGAAUGCUGUGAGUGCGGGAAAAAGUUCACUCGAAGCUCAGUCCUUAUUAAUCAUCAGAGAAUCCACACAGGAGAGCGCCCCUAUACAUGCUGUGAGUGCGGGAAAACCUUCCCUCAGAGCUCAAUCCUCUUUAAACAUCAGAAGAUCCACACGGGAGAGCGCCCCUACAAAUGCUGUGAGUGCGGGAAACAGUUCAUUGAGAAGUCCACACUUAUUAAACAUCAGACAAGCCACACGGGAGAAAGACCCUAUGAGUGCUGUGAGUGCGGGAAAAAGUUCAGCCAGAAAUCAAGCCUUAUUAAACAUCAGACAAGCCACACAAGAGAGAGAUCCUGUCAGUGCCGUGAGUGCGGGAAAAGCUUCACCCACAGCUCAUCCCUUAUCAGACAUCAGAGGAUCCACACAGGAGAGAGACCCUAUGAGUGCUGUGAGUGUGGGAAAAGCUUCACUUUCAAAUACGACCUUCAUAAACAUCAGAGGAUCCACACGGGAGAGCGCCCCUAUGAAUGCUGUGAGUGUGGGAAACAAUUCACCUGGAGCUCAGGGCUUAUUAAUCAUCAGCGAAUGCACACAGGAGAGCGCCCCUAUGAAUGCUGUGAGUGCGAGAAAAAAUUCACUCAGUGCUCGGGCCUUAUUAGUCAUCAGAGAAUGCACACAGGAGAGCGACCCUACACGUGCUGUGAGUGCGGGAAAAGCUUCACUCAGAAUUCAGGCCUUCUUAAUCAUCAGAGAAUGCACACAGGAGAGCGCCCCUAUACAUGCUGUGAGUGCGGGAAAACGUUCCCUCAGAGCUCAGCCCUUUUUAAGCAUCGGAGGAUCCACACGGGAGAGCGCCCCUAUGAAUGCUCUGCGUGCGGGAAACAGUUCAGUGAGAAAUCAAAACUUAUUAAACAUCAGACAAGCCACACAGGAGAGAGACCCUAUGAGUGCCGUGAGUGCGGGAAAAGUUUCACUCAGAGCUCAUCCCUUAUUAGACAUCAGAAGAUCCACACGGGAGAGAGACCCUAUGAGUGCCGUGAGUGUGGGAAAAACUUCACUUUCAAAUACGACCUUCAUAAACAUCAGAGGAUCCAUACAGGAGAGCGCCCCUAUGAAUGCUGUGAGUGUGGGAAACAGUUCACCUGGAGCUCAGGGCUUAUUAUUCAUCAGAGAAUCCACACAGGAGAGCGACCCCAUGAAUGCUGUGAGUGCGGGAAAACCUUCACUCAGAGCUCAGGGCUUAUCACUCAUCAGAGAAUGCACACAGGAGAGCGACCCUACACAUGCUGUGAGUGCGGGAAAAAAUUCACUCAGAGCUCAGGCCUUCUUAAUCAUCAGAGAAUGCACACAAGGGAGCAACCCUAUAUAUGCUGUGUGCGGGAAACCUUCCCUCAGGGCUCAGCCCUUUUUAAACAUCAGAGGAUCCACACAGGAGAGCAUCCUAUGAAUGCUGUGAGUGAGGGAAAAGUUUCAUCCGGCGCUCAUACCUUAAUAGACGUCAGUGAUUUCACAGGAUAGAUGAACACCAUAAAAAGUUUGUGCAGGGCAGAGAAAAUAUUUUUUUUAAAGACAUUUGCUAAUUCCCACAUAGUGACUUUUUUUUUUUUUUAGGGCUGUUUGUGGCAUUUGCAUCACCCAGGGGAGUUGCCCACUUUUCAUUUUGCAGGUCUCCCUUCUCAGGGGUGAAUCCCGUGGUCCUUUCUACCAACUCCUUUCUCCUGUGAAUCAUGGGAGUGUGUCUCCCUCCUGCCAGGAGUGUCCAUCAGCCCCAGAUACGGGAAAUCGGGAUGACCUCAAGUAGCUACACUGAGCGAAGGUUGACCUGGGUUUUGUCUCCUCUAGGAUUUUCCAUGGAGUUGGCCUGCUGGAGGUAGCGAUCCUAAUGUAAACACAUCGCUAUCUGUGCAGUGCUGACAUACCCCAGGCUCAGUGGUUGGGGUUAGCCAGCACGUUCCCCUUUGACCUCUCCUAAUUGACACCAAUUUUCAUAGUCUAGACAAGCCCUGAGCAUCACAUUUAUCCUGUCACCGCACUAGCAGAGCGAUUGUCAGUCGCCAAGUUCCCCCUUUGGCGACAGAUUAUCUCAUUCCCAGGCUUUCUCCUGCUGGUCCAGGCUGUGCUGGACAGCAAGUUGUUUGGUUUAUUCCCCAUUUUUCGUAUUUAAAAUAUAUUUCAAUAUAAAAUAGAGGAAGAGGAGGAAUGGGACAAACGCAUAUUUGCGGCAACAUCAGAAGGAGAUGGGGUGAGUUGGAGGGAUUCCCUCCUUCUCCAUCACCAUCAGUAGGCCCGCUCACUCCAGCAGCAUUGGCGUCCGGCUGAGCCACGAUGGAAGUUUAUCCCCCUAUUCUGUCCCUCCACUUCCCUAAAUCCGACUCCUGAGGGCUGGAGGUGAAAGUGUCCCAGACCUGGACUGGGAAUGCCAAUGGAUCCCAAACACAAGUGCGAUCAUUCCGAGUUUAAAUCCCAGUUUCUGCCCAUUGACAAAUCCACUUCUGGGCUUGUUCCUGCUGUGCUGGGACUGUUUGCAGGUGAGAAGGUCGGCAGUUUUUCCCUGUUACGAUAAUGCUCAUUUCUGUUUUUGUGAAUAACAUGGCUCCAUAGUAAUGAAGUGCUGUUGAGUGAAGCGGGUUUGAAUGGAUCAGAGGAAAAAGCGACGGGAGAAUCUGCUCUCCUCAUUUGUGAGUCAUCAGAUGUAACCUGCUCUGGAAUUUCAUUUUGUAUGAAAGAGAAAGUGACUUCUACCACUCUGUGUUGCGGGUUUUUCCUCUCUCUCCUGAACGCCAUUUGGACACGUCAUUGAAUAUUCUCCAGCAUGUAGCUCAGAUUUAUCGGGGAUGUUGGGAGAAAUGCCUGUUUGCUAAAAGAGUCCUUUAUUAUCUUAUUUUUCACUUUCCUCCACCGCUGCAUGAUGACAUGGAAGAAGCUCAAGUGCAGUUCACUCACGAGGAGAGGAUGCUCCGAGCCAUCGGGGGUGCCACCAAGGAAACAGUAGUGGGUUUAGGUCUCCGCUCUGAAAUGGUGAAGAACAGCACGCCUUAAAUUGUGCAACUAACUGAAGUAGCUGGGUGCAUGUGGCCCAGGAUGUGGGAAAUGCUGUCCCUGUCUGUGUUGAUGUGGAGAAAAUAAAAGUGGCUCUUUUGCUGAA